AUGGGCCUUUUCGGCCACAUGCGCAUCCACGAGAGCGGCCUUGACCGCACUCCCGACACACCCACCACAUCCACCGCGCACACCCCCGCUCUCGUUCCAUCCGUCUGCGCCACCACCACCACCACCACCACCACCGCACCCUCUGUAGCUGACACUGACACCGCCGACUUCUCAUGCCCACACUGUCCACGCACAUUCACCUCACGCAUCGGCCUGGUGGGUCACUUGCGAAUCCAUCGCACAGAGACUGGCGAACCAGUGCCUGGAGCACCCAUCUAUACCCACGAAGCUCGUCUCAACUGCCCACACUGUCCUCGCACUUUCAGGCAUCGCAUGGGUCUAUUCGGCCACAUGCGCAUCCACGACGACCUGCGGUAG